AAGUACCCAACAGCCUAUAAAAUCAGCCCCACGGGGAGAAUGAGAAACCAGCUAAAACCAGUAGCCUAAAAUCCAGUUUAAGAUGGAUUACGUUUUUCUUUCUUUCUUUUUCCCAUCACGGGAAUUUAAUUCCACAUCCGGCAUAGACUUUGCCUUCAGGUAAUUUUCUACAACGUAAAAAACAAACAAACAGAUAAGUGCAGAAAUGGCGUUCUUCAAAUCUCCCUCCUUAUUCUUAAACCCCAGGAAGAUGGUUUCGAUAGGCAAUUAAAACUUUGAGGGAGAAAAUAUAGGCCGCUGCUGUCAUCCCCUACCUAACCCGAUUCAACAAACCUGCUGCUCACCUUAGGACCGCUUCAGUUAUUGUUUGCUAAGUGUCAUUAUUGAAUCAGUGCCACCAGCAGGGGUCAGAGGGUGCACAAUUGAUUUAGCCCUUCCGUCGUGCACGUGCUUUUUACACUCUAGCCAACGUAAUUAGCAUUUCUAAUAUGCCUAUGCUACAUCAGUGCCAGUUUGAUGAAUUAUCGUCCAGCGUUGGCUUGCUCUGCCUGCUAGCGACAAACCUGCAAACGCGUUAUAACGAAAUGUCCCCUCCCCUCUUUCUGCGGUCCGCGCUGCUGAAAAACCGCCGAGUUUCGCGCCCUGUCUCGGUUUUCUGCUCAAUCCCAUUCGCCGAGAAAAAAAAGAGAAACGGUUCAUUUCCAUAUUACCUUUUCCAACAUACUCCGCCCGUCUCCUCUCCUCCAUCCGCAUGGCGAGGCUGAUGCUGAUGCGAGCGUAUAGUUAGCAUCUUCUCAUUCACUCCCUCUGGCUCCACACGUCCAUGUGCGGCUCUCAUCAUUCUCCUAACACGCUUCCCUUUCUCUUUCAACUCCAUUGUAUAAUAUAUUCUCUCUUUUUUAAUACAAAGCCUAUUUUUUCAGCUCUCCCUCUCCACCCUCUAAAAUUCCAUUGAUGAACGCUUUUAUUUUAUUUCAUUUAGUGUCGGGGGUUAUGUGAAUGGGCUGCAGCUGGUGUUACCAAACGUCUCGCUGAUCUUUCGUCAGUCACCUUUUUCGCUCGAAUUCGGUUUUAAGUCACGUCCCGCCUCGAACGCGAGACGCUCUCGUGUCUCGCCGCGAGAUACGGUUUCUCGAAUCGGCCUCGCCUCGAGUCUACAACUUGAUUGGAUUGAGCGCGUUUGUGUUAGUUGUUUUCAUUGUCUGAACUGUCAAAUCAAGAACGGCACCGCUGUACGGCUCGCGCGCACCGCCGCUGCUCCGUGGAGACUUGAGCCGCGCGCGCACCGAACGCGUUCACUGUGAAUUAAACCGAACUACAGAAGAGCAAGUCCACAGCGAGUACGCCGGAAUCCACAAGCCGUCUUUGCGCAAAGUUGCUUGUCAGAUUUCCCUCAGCCUAUACAGGAGCCGCUCAACAAAAUGAACCUCUGUUAACGCACGUCUGUCUGUCAGAGCAGAGGCAUAUUGAUCGUCAUCUCUGCGACUGGUGGACACAGUUACCGCUACACUGCCACCAUGCUUCACUUGCGCCUUCCGUCGACCCCUUUCUCCUUAACUCCUUGCCUUUCCUCUCUCCUCCUCCUGAUCUUCCUCUUGGGCCUCGCCCAUCUCUCUCAGGCCGGUGGUGACGCAUCCCACAGCAGCCCAGGGAACUGUUCAGGGGAGGACAGCUGCUCUGAGGGUGUCGUCCUGCCAGUAUGGAACCCCCAGAACCCCUCUGUUGGCGACAAGGUGGCCCGUGCCAUCGUCUACUUUGUGGCCCUCAUCUACAUGUUCUUAGGCAUGUCCAUCAUCGCAGACCGGUUCAUGUCAUCCAUCGAGGUGAUAACGUCUCAAGAGAAGGAGAUAACAAUCAAGAAACCCAAUGGAGAGACCACCACUGCCACCGUACGCAUCUGGAACGAGACAGUCUCCAACUUGACCCUCAUGGCUUUGGGAUCAUCGGCUCCUGAGAUCCUGUUAUCCGUGAUUGAGGUCUGUGGGCACAAGUUUGAGGCUGGUCACCUGGGCCCAAGCACAAUUGUGGGUAGCGCUGCCUUUAACAUGUUCAUCAUCAUUGCCAUCUGUGUUUACGUGGUCCCAGAUGGUGAGGUACGCAAAAUCAAGCAUUUGAGGGUCUUCUUUGUGACAGCAGCCUGGAGCAUAUUCGCCUACAUUUGGCUCUACUUGAUCCUCUCUGUUUUCUCUCCUGGGGUGGUGGAAGUUUGGGAGGCUGUGCUUACUUUCCUCUUCUUUCCACUCUGUGUGGUUCAGGCCUGGAUCGCUGACCGUCGUUUGCUCUUUUACAAAUACGUCCACAAGCGCUACCGUGCUGACAAGAACCGUGGCAUCAUCAUUGAGACGGAGGGUGACGGCAUGUUCACCAAGAUGGACAUGGAGAUGGACGGCCAAGGUGCCAAUUCCCACCACAAGGAGGCGCUUGAUGGGAUGCUGGCUGGGGUGGAGGAAGGAGGUGGUGGAGGAGGUGGAGGGGAAGAAGAGGAGGCCAGGAGGGAGAUGGCUCGGACGCUGAAGGAACUCAAGCAAAGACACCCAGAAAAGGACAUGGAGCAGCUGAUCGAGAUGGCAAACUAUCAAGUGCUGGUGCAACAACAGAAGAGUCGAGCUUUCUAUCGCAUCCAGGCCACUCGCAUGAUGAUUGGAGCGGGGAACAUCCUCAAGAAGCAUGCUGCAGACCAAGCCAGGAAAGUGGUGAGCUGCCAUGAGGCUAAUGCCCAGGAAGAAGACCCUCACACCAUCUACCUUGAGUUUGAGCCCUCUCAUUAUCAAUGCUUUGAGAACUGCGGCUCUUUAAAACUCUCUGUGACCCGACAUGGUGGAGACAGCGGCUGCACUGUCAAGGUUGACUAUCGCACAGAGGAUGGCACCGCUAACGCAGGAUCAGACUAUGAAUUCGCCGAGGGCACUCUGGUCUUUAAACCAGGUGAGACAGUGAAGGAGCUGACAGUCGGCGUGAUUGACGAUGACAUAUUCGAAGAAGAUGAGCAUUUCUAUGUACAUCUCAGCAACCCUCGUGUAGUCCACCGUGCCGAGGUCUCCGUCCUCGACCCCAAUGCAGUGUCUCCAGGCAACAGCAUUAUAGGGUCCAGCCACGUUCCUCCCAAAGCUGCCCUGGGUAACGCACAUACCGCAACGGUGACCAUUUACGAUGACGACCAUGCGGGGAUCUUCACGUUCGAGAGCAAUUCUACACGGGUGAGCGAAAGCGUGGGCAUCAUGCAGGUGAAGGUCCACAGAACAUCUGGAGCGAGGGGGAAGGUGGCAGUACCGUACCACACUACUGAAGGAACCGCCAAAGCUGGAGAAGACUAUGAUGAGGUGGCCGGCAAACUGGAGUUCCUCAAUGAUGAGACCAUUAAAACCAUACAGGUCAAAAUCAUUGAUGAUGAGGAGUACGAAAAAAACAAAAACUUCUAUCUGGAGCUAGCAGAACCACGCAUGGUGGACAUGAGCCUUCAGAAAGCUCUGUUAUUAGCUGAUGAUAUUCCAGACAGGAAGUUGUCAUCAGAAGAGGAGGAAGCCAGAAGAAUAGCAGAGAUGGGAAAGCCUGUGUUGGGAGAGCAUGCAAAAAUAGAGAUUAUCAUUGAGGAGUCAUAUGAGUUUAAGAGUACAGUAGAUAAGCUGAUUAAGAAGACUAACUUGGCUCUGGUCGUGGGCACAAAUUCCUGGAGAGAACAAUUCAUGGAGGCCAUAACUGUCAGUGCAGGAGAUGAGGACGAGGAUGAGGGGGGAGAGGAACGUCUGCCAUCUUGUUUCGACUAUGUCAUGCACUUCCUGACUGUGUUCUGGAAGGUUCUGUUCGCGUGCGUCCCACCCACGGAAUAUUGGAACGGGUGGGCGUGUUUCAUUGUUUCCAUAGUGAUCAUCGGCCUUUUGACUGCUGUGAUCGGUGAUCUGGCCAGUCACUUCGGCUGCACCAUUGGCCUAAAGGACUCUGUCACUGCUGUGGUGUUUGUUGCCCUGGGAACAUCCAUCCCUGACACAUUCGCCAGUAAAGUCGCCGCUACUCAGGAUCAGUACGCAGACGCCUCGGUGGGAAACGUCACGGGCAGCAACGCCGUCAACGUGUUUCUGGGCAUCGGCGUGGCCUGGUCCGUGGCAGCCGUGUACUGGGGCGUCCAGGACAAGAACUUUCAUGUGGAGCCCGGCUCGCUGGCCUUCUCCGUCACCCUCUUCACUAUCUUUGCCUUCAUCUGCAUGGCUGUGCUGCUGUUCCGGCGCCGGCCGUCUAUCGGCGGAGAGCUAGGCGGCCCUCGGGUCUCUCGUCUGCUCACUACGCUCCUCUUUCUUGGUCUGUGGUUCCUCUACAUCCUCUUCUCCAGCCUUGAGGCCUACUGCCAUAUCGAGGGCUUCUGAACACGCUUAUAUCAACAAAACAAAUCUAAAGAGGUUUCGAUCAACUACACACAUCAACACAAGUUUGCACACACACAC